UCUGCUUCGACCUCCAUCUCUCCCUCCGGAAGGAUACCAGCGGCCCUCUACUUGGUCUCGCCUCCUUUUAAUUGUGCUGUCUUUUCAGACGCCAAUUCUUGUCGUGUUCAUAUAUGUCAAUUGCCUAUUUCUACCAUUGAGCAUCCAUGGCUUUGAACGAGAAGACCGGACCCGUCAUCGUGUCCGAACAUGACGAGAAGGGCUCCGAAACGCGACCGGUGGACAAGGUUGAGGAGGUGCAUGCCGUGAAGAAGAUCCACGCCGAUGGCACUGUUGACUUGGUCGAUACGCAUGCCAUUGGUGGUGCGAUGGAAGAAAUGCCAAAGGGGUACUACUACAGUCCUCAAUUCCUCGGCACAGUGCUCGCGAUAUGCCUUGGUUCAAUCUGCGCGUAUCUGGGAUGGGUGCUACCAGCGAAUACACUCUCGCUCAUCAACGAAGACAUCGGACCCUCGCCCAACCUCAACUGGGUAGCCACCGUCUGGACAUUGGGCACUGCCGUUGGUUUCCUCCUCGUCGGACGACUCUCUGAUAUCUUUGGUCGCAAAUGGAUGGUUAUGAGCUCCAACGUACUCGGACUCAUUGGCUGCAUCAUCGGCGCCAAUGCGCACAACAUCAACACUUUGAUUGGAGCAAACCUUUGCAAUGGGCUGGCAGCUGCUGGUCAGCUUUCCUUCGGCAUUGUACUAGGAGAGCUCGUGCCGAACAAGCACAGAGGGCCAUGGGUUACGCUUGUGUUCCUGUCGUCGCUGCCUUUUGCUGUUUUCGGCCCCAUCAUUGCGAGAACCUUCAUCGAGCAGACUGCCGCCAAGUGGCGAUGGAGCUACUAUCUUGGAAUCAUCAUGUCUGGCCUGACUGUCAUCCUCUAUCAGAUCUUCUACCACCCCCCUUCAUUCAGCCAGCUGCACGUGCACGGCAAGUCCAAGUGGCAGAUGUUCAAGGAGCUUGACUUCAUCGGCAUCUUCCUCUACAUCGCCGGUCUCGUCAUCUUCCUGAUUGGACUGUCCUGGGGAGGCGGAGUUUACCCUUGGAAGAGUGCUGCGGUCAUUUGCUCGAUCGUCCUUGGAGCCCUCACUCUGGUCGCAUUUGGCCUCUAUGAGGCCUUCGUCUUCAAGGGCCAAGCCCUGAUGCCCCUCCGCCUCUUCAAGAACAUCCAAUACUUCGCCAUCGUCAUGGUCGCCGCCAUCGCCGCCAUGGUGUACUACUCCCUCACCGUCCUCUGGCCCACCAUCAUCGGCACCGUCUACACCACUGACUCCAAGAAAAUCGGCUGGCAAUCCUCCGUCGUCGGUGGCGGCGUCCUCCUCGGCCAAGCCGUCGGUGGCUUCGCCAUCACUUACAUUCCCAAGGUCAAAAUCCAAGUCAUCGUGCUCGCCUGCUUGGCCACCGCUUUCUUAGGCGCGCAGGCAUCAUUGAGCGUCGACGGACACACCCGCUUCAUCACUCUCGGCGUGCUUGGCACCUUUGUCAUCGGCUGGAUCGACAACAUCGCCUUCCCCGGCGUGACCAUGAUCUACGAAGCGCAGGACAUCGGCCUCGCAUCCGGCAUCCUCGGCUCCAUCCGCGCCGUCGGCGGCGCCGUAGCGCAGGCCCUCUACGUCUCCAUACUCAACACCAAAGUCACCCAGUACCUCCCCGAGUACGUCGUGCCCGCGGCCGUCGGCGCCGGGCUGCCCGCCUCCUCCAUCCCCGCGCUCUUCGCCGGCAUCACCGCCGGCAACUUCUCCGCUGUGCCGGACAUCACACCAAAGAUCAUCGCGGCGACGGGUGCCGCCGUCACGCAUGCUUAUCUGUCGAGCUUCCAUAUCGUGUUCUACGCCGUCAUUCCGUUUGGCUGCUUGCUCAUCUUCUUUGCGGCGCUGACGCCGAACUUCGAGAAGUACUUGACGCAUAAUGUGAGUCGGCGGCUGCAGCACAUGGGGAAGUUGGCGGCCGAGGGCAGGGAUAUUGAGGGCGAGGCGGCUGUUUGAUGAGGAGUGCGAUUGUUUCUAUAUAUGAAUGCGGGUGUAAUUAAUGAGGAGAUGUUUGUUACGAUAUGAUAGCGAUUAGAUUGGAAUGGGUGGAAAAUAUACCCGUGUUUUGCUGUUGAUGUUUAUUCUCAGGCUUGUGUGUGUGAUGACUACUGUUAGUGAAAGAGGGCUGUUGUGAUGAUGGAGGGGCUUCUUUGCUGCCUCGCGUGUUGUAAGUUCGUACACACAUCUUAUCCGAGUUUUUACAAUGCGCCGAAGGCUCAGUUGGGUGUCCGGAGUGGACAUUUCCUGAAACAAAAGCGCGUCGAAUACAUUCAAUCGUAUAG